UUGCUUUGCCGCAUUAUUAUUUACAUUUGAGGUUACGUAUCUCUUCUUUAAAAACAAUAUGGGCAAAAAUAACCUUAUUCUUGCGUUAAAACGAUGUCGCUUUUAGCCAAUUAUAACCCAAUAUUCUUGGCUUAGAUAAGCUAAUUCGACACUUACAAGCUUAUUUUUGGGUUAAAAUUGGUUGCGAUUUCUACCAGGGAAAAAUGCCAACUUUAUUGUAGAUUUUGUGGUUGUCGUGCUAUAAAGUAGCGAAAAUCGAGCAAGGUAGAUAACCAUUUGCACAACAGUGUCAUAAUAUACCAUAAGAGCAAUGUAUUUUAUCCUAAUUAUUUAUGUUCCGAUUUUCGCCACCUCAUUUGAUUUACACGCGAAAGUGCUUGGCGCUAGUGUGACCUUACCAAGGCGAAUUUCCUGUAGUAGAAUACCGCGGGUGGGCGGUGGCCGUGGCUAAAAAAAGCGCAGUUCAAAACACACGUAGGUGGCGCUUCGAUUUCGCAAAAAGGAAGGAAAUUCGUUCGUCGGUUUUUGACGGCGUUCGACCGCGUAUAAUAUUUUGUAACUUUCGGAUAAUGCCAACAGUAAAAACGUCUCUGUACAAUCUUAACACGGUUAAACGCGUGCAAUGUCAUAGGUAUGAGACGUUUCCGCUGUUGACGCUAUCCAAAAGUUACCAGAAUUUGUGCGCUAUCGAACACCGACGAACGCGCUUAUGUGGCCUGAGCCUAUAGGUUAUAUACAAUGAUGAAUCACCAUUCAGCGUGCGCCUCUGAGUGCGUGUUCAUACUUGCUUAUCAGUCCUUUGUUUAAGCGCAGGAGUUAUAACCUGUUGCAUGACAUUUGGCAGUUUCUUCAACACAUCCUUAUAGUAUACUUCAUAGUUCACAUCAUUUGGCAGCGUUUUGUUUCGUCCUGAAGAGUUUUUCGUGUCAAGUGAAGCCUCAGAAACACUCGAGACAAAAGAUUGCUGUGAGGUUAGAAAUAUGGCAGUUGGAAAAGUCGACGCUGUUUUGUCAUUGAAAUGGGAGAUUGAAAAUUACUUGACGGUAAGCAGCGAAAAGAACGUCGGGGACUAUUUGGAAUCGCCGAAAUUUCCGGCCGACGACGCGGACGGUGUCGAGUCUGUCGACGGUAUCAGUUACAAUAAUAUUCAAUGGCACAUGACUUUGUAUCCAAAGGGAAAAACUGAAGAAGCUAAUAAUCAUUUGUCGCUAUUAUUACAUGCGAAUGAAGAGAUACGAGCAGUGGGUACUUUUAUUAUUUACAAUAACUUCGGUCAAAAAGUAUUCAAUUACAGCAUGAAGGAACACGUAUUUGGCAAAACAGCUGACCACGCUUGGGGAAACGCAAAAUGUUUAUCACGAGAUUUCAUUGAAAAUCCAGCAAAUCGCAUGUUAAAUAACAAAAAAUUGACGAUCGUGUGCGAAAUAAGAAUUAUGGAAAUCAUAAAGCAAAAAAUAGAUGACCCACUGCAACGACUUCGAGACAACUACGAGGCUCUUAUCAACGACGAAAAAUUUAGCGAUGUAGCCCUUGUUUCGGACGGUAAAACCGUGAGAGCGCACAAGUGCAUACUCGCUAAAAGAAGUCCAGUGUUUGCCGCCAUGUUCGGCACCGAAAUGAGGGAGACGAUCGAGAACACCGUGGAGAUCACCGAUGUCAAGUAUGACAUUCUCGUGGAAAUGAUUCGCUUUGUUUACGCCGAGAAGGUCAAUGAUAUCGAUGCACUAGCGAGCGAACUUGCGGUCGCAGCCGACAAAUAUGCACUGGAUGGACUGAAGAAAUACUGCGAGCAGACGCUAAUGAAGAAUUUGUGCAUCGGCAAUGUCUUCGCUCGUCUUCAACUUGCCGACACACUUUUGAUGGAUAAGUUGAAGGAGAAAGCAAUCAAAUUGAUGAUUGAAAACGCGUGUUAUAUCUGUAGUAGACCGGAAUUCGACUUGUUGUCUCGUAACAUUGUACGCGAAGUAUUUCAAAGUAUGGCCAAUAAGGACAAUUAGCUGUUUAUGUAGCAUUAUAUUUAGCAGUGUAAGAAAUUCAGUCGAGUCAUUUUGAAGUUUUUUUUUAUUUAUAGUUUGUGUGAAUCUCUAUAUUAUACCAAUUAAAGUGUUAAUAAACUCAUUCGAUGUAAUAAUAGUUUUUUCAGUAAACGCGACAUUUUAUAUCUGUCAAGCUAGAAUCUCGCUAACAUUUUUAUACCCACCUUGUAAUUCAAUUAUUUUUUCGAUACAGUGUGCGCGAAAGCACAUUUUCCGCCCCUGUAUAAAAAAAUAACGUACGUAAAUAACGCGUAUCGAAAUAUACCAUUUGAAAACUUCAUCCGAUCAACGGGUAAAUGAUAAAUGUCUGUCGUCACUGUGCUUUCGUCAGCAUAAAUGAACGUCACUCUCAGCCCUCCGGAAUCUGCAAGCGAAGAAAAUCCUCGAGGAAAACAGCGCGUCUUAAAAAUCGGUUGUUUAAAAAACAUCGACAUGGAGUGCAAAACAUUUUCACCUAUUUGCCAGCGUACCCGGUACAUUCCUGCGCAUCUAUGCGUAUAUAGAUAUACUAGCGAUGUCUUGUGCACCCCCACGUCGCCAGCGCCUCUAGUGGCAAAACCGCCUUUGUCGGGGUGCAGCGUGGGUGCGCUUUUGCUUUCGCAGAUGCAGUUCUAGUCUCAUCUCCGACGUCGAAGAGUUUACCUGUUCGCUUGCCUCGGACGAGCACUUUUUCACCCGCGAUUUUAUAACGCGUCCUGCCGAUUUUUCCUCACAAUCAAGUCGAGCCUCGCGAAAUUCAAUUUGAGAUUCGCAGAUCGUUGUCAUCAAGUGACCGCUUCAAAAAUGUCUCUAACAGUCGUCGAGAAAGCCGACGCCACGUCGUUCACAGUCAAGUGGGAGCUCGAGUACCCGGUUUGCAGCCGGACGAAGGUUGGCAAUUUCAUCGAAUCACCAAAAUUCGCCGUCUACAGAAACAGCGAUAUCGAAUGGUAUCUGCGCUUGUAUCCAAGGGGAGAAAGGGAAGAGUAUCAAGAUCAACUGUCGCUCUAUCUUUACGCCAGCGCGGAGAUCAGGGCGACGGCUGAUUUGAGAAUUUUGAACAUCGACGGGGUGAAGGUGAAAAAUUACAUCAUCGCCGAAAAAGUGUUCGGCAAAGCCAACAAGACGAGAGGAACUGGAAAAAUGAUGCCGUUCGAUUACACGCGCGAUCCAGCCAAUCGCGUGCUAAACGCCGAGAACAAACUGACCGUCGAGUGCGAGAUAACGUACAAGAGAAAAAUCCGCGAAGUCGAAGACCUGGAGAACCACGGCCAUCUGCCUCAGCUGCAAAGCGACUUGGAGGCUCUUUUCAACGAUCCGAAAUUCAGCGACGUUACCGUUAUUUCCGAAGGCGCCAGCUUGAAACUGCACAAGAGCAUUCUCGCGAAGAGAAGCUCGGUGUUCGCCGGGAUGUUCGACGCAGAGAUGAGGGAGACGCUCGAGAACGCGGUGGAGAUCACCGAUAUCAAGUACGACGUUCUCGUCGAGAUGUUUCGCUUCAUUUACGCCGGAAAAGUCAACAAUAUCGACGCACUGGCGGGCGAACUCGCUGUAGCAGCUGACAAGUACGCGCUGGACGCGCUGAAGAAGAAGUGCGAGAUGACGAUGGUGAAGAAUAUAAGCGUCGCUAACGUCGUCUAUGCUCUUCAAUUGGCUGACAAACACUGCCUGGACGAGUUGAAGAUGACGGCUAUAGAAUUCAUGAUCGCGAACGCGGCUGAUGUCAGUACGAGAAAGGAGUUCAAUUCGUUGUCUCGCGAGAUCGUGCGAGAAGUUUUUAGUUAUUUGCCGAAAAUAAAUAGUAAUAACGUUCGCGUAUGAGCGGAGCGUCGCUCUUGACUAUACUACAGUUUAAUUAUUCUUUUAACAUCGAUUUUGUAAAUUUUAUACGAAUAAAUAAGCGAAAGUUUAUUAAACGAACGUUGUGAAUGAUAAA